UUGAGGAGGGUGUGUGCUGGAGUGGAGUACAGAGGGACAAGGUCAGAGAGCGAAGAGGCAGAGAGGAAGAGAUGCUGCACCUGUGCAUGAUCACCUGAGGAGGAGAAUAAGAAGAAGAAUAACAAGAAGAAGAAGAAGAAGAAGAAAAGAAAACAGAGAGGAGUUAAAGAAUUCAUAAACAUGGCGGUGCAGUAUCACAUCUGAGAGAAUCUCCUUCAGCCAGCUCGUCGUCAUCAGGGUCAGUCCUCCAGUCUCUGUCGGUGCCAUGGCUGACCCAAGCUGGUGGAAGCUGACCUUCUCCCGCAAGAAGAAAUCUGAAUCUAAGGUUCUGUACGAGAUCCCAGCCGAGUAUGGCAGCAACACCGGCAACAAAGAGCACUCAGGCAAUAAUCCCCCUCCGGACCAUAUGGACAGUCAGUUCAAUGCCAGACUGGAGAAGAUUGUGGAUAAAUCUGCCACCAAGGGCCGCCACGUCAAGGUCUCCCACUCCGGUCGCUUCAAGGAGAAGAAGAAGGUCCGUGCCACGCUGGCCGAGAACCCAAACCUGUUCGCGGAGCACAACCUCAGUGACGAGAACCAUAAAAAGAAAAAUGACAAAUAGUGACACCCGCUCCUGAAAACACACACCAAAAAUGCACAUACUUGAUCACAAACGUGUCAUAUGUCAAUGUCACACCUAUGAAAGCUUCGAAGGAGGCUAAAACACAUGCAAACACAACCAUGUUCCAGCACAUGUGCAGCGUGCAAGGUGGACAAACACACGCUGCACCACACCCAGGCAGAUACUGUAACCAAUGGACUCACACCUAAACAAACAAGCGGUAUCAGCCAUUACACUUUCACAGAACAGAGGCUUAAACAAAGUAUGAGGCAUUUUUCUUUGGAUUUAUCAAAAGGUUUUACUACUUUUACUGAACAUUAAAUCUCCCAUUAACUUUCUUGUGCUCACAUUGUUGUUAUAUAUCUUUAAAUAUGAUCACUGACAUGAAGGAAAAGUAAAAAAAAAACAAACUGCCUAACCUCAUACAUCUUCAUCCUCAUGAUUGAAGUUUUUUUUUAUUAUUAUAGAUGUAGAGUUUGAGAAUUAAACUUCCUUUUUUAAAAAAAAAAAAAAAAAUGUUUUAUUCAAUCAAUACACAAGUGAAGAUAUGUUUGUGUAGUGUGCAACCAAAGCACAGUAAAUUUUUAUUACAUUUUUAUGACCAAAGCAAAUAGAGACUUGAUUUUAAUGACUGUGUGAGACAUCGUUGAUGCUCCGCAGACAAGGUAAAUUAAAAAAAUAUACUGUUUAUAUGAUCUUUUAUGGAAUCUUUAAAAAAAAAAUUGUAUUUUGUUUUUAAAUAAAUGUAUCAUGAUGUGUUAAUAUGAAGUGAGUGCUGCGUAUUUGUGCAGGAGGCUGCAGGCAGGUGCUCUCAGUGAGUUAUCUCACAGUUGUUUGAACAUGUAGAUCAAUGACUUAAGUGACUUAGAGUCUUGAUGUUGGUGACGUUGUUUUUUGAGGCGACAGAGACGAGUUUGUUAUUUCACCUGAGCCUGUGUUGGCUGAUUUCGCUGGCAUGGUGACUGUAAGCAGACACUGACAUUUGAUACCGCAUGGUGUGCUCCUGCAGUUUGUAAUACCAAAUCCCUUAUGUCAGUGCACAGACUGACUGCAGAUACACUCUAGUUAUUCAUAGAGAAAAAAAAAAAAUAAAAAAAAAACCUCUUUCCAGCUGUUAAUGCAUGAGAAUAUUUCCUCUUUUGAGCCUCGCUGUUACUUUGUUUUGUUGAUCUUUGAUGUCUGCAAGUGUCAUACUGCUGACAUCUGCUGGCCACACAAUGCACUUGGUCUGAGUUACAAAUUAAACUUUAUUUAUUCCACAGUUAAUUCAAGUCAAAAAAAACAAACAUUUCUUCAUCAGUAAACAACAAACAACAAUCACACCUUCAGGCCAUACAAGACGUACACAAGAUAAUUGGCACAAAAAACAUCAUCAGCUCUUUUAAUCUCAUUAUUAAAAGGCAGUUGGAUCAAUUGUCAAAGACUGUUACAAUCACUUUAUAGUUAAUUUAAGUCAACUGUAAAGGCUACAUGAAUUAUCUGGAAACACCUUACUGUAUGGGUCAAAUAUUCUCCUUUAAUAUCCAAGAAAUUAAAUAAUAUUCAUAGGAAGGUUCCUAGAAAUGACUAACAUUUUGUACAAUUUAUAGUUGUUCAUUUCACCUCCAAUUAAGUGCUAAUAUAACCUUGAUAAUCCUCUGUAAGAGCUCAGAAAGUCAGAUGAACAUGUAAAAAUGUAGAAUACAGUUUCCAAGAAUGAAAAUACGCUGUGUUUUGGUUUAAAUGGAUCAAAUCUUUUAAAGGAAA